AUGCAUGUCGCCAAAACGAGCCGUCUGACAAUCUCCCGCGAUCCCACACGCCAGCUUUCUGUCGGACUCCAAAGAGAGUCCUCUACCAGCUUUAGCGGCUGGCCGGACGCAUGGCAUAUGCUGCGCACAUUUACGAAUGCUGCCCUCGAGCACUCACGGAGUUUAGAUGUGGACAGCGAAUCCGAGACCGAAUUAACAGACGAUGAGCAUCCGCGGUCUGUCAGCUGCAGCCAAAAGUGCGGGAUCUUCAUCGGAUACCUUUUGCCCACAUGGGGGCACCUGAGCCUGGCAAACGUCGGCCGCUCAUGGGCCGCUGGCGCUCUUGCGCUGUGGCACUGUUUCUUGAUUUUGGCCGCAGCAUGCCUAAUCUUCUGCAACUGCGCCUCGGUGGUUCUCCGAAGCUACAUUAUCUGGUACACAAAGAUGGACCAAGAGACAGCAACUUCUCCAGAAGGACGAUUCCAUCUGACCAUUCUGUUCUAUGGCGCGUUCUUUAGGUGCUACAUCAUGCAAAGUGCCACCACCGACAUUCUUCGGUUUGCUUUCAUUCUCUGCAGAGAUGCAUGGCGGCCAGAUGUCUUCGAGGCAUACCGGCGCCUUCUGAUUGGUGAUGCCUGGGGCGAGCUCGAAGCCGGCGAGUUCUACAUAUGCUCGUGGUCGAGGCUCACGAAGCACCAAACUUGGUUGGAUGUCUUUUUCCAGGCGCUGCUACAUCUCUCCAUGGACCUAUUGCCCCUGAUCUUCCUCAUCAUGGCACAACGGAUCGGCAGCCAUGCUGCUUGGAUCUUCUGGGCUGAGGUAUGUCUCCUGACUGGAAGUAUCCACAUCUUCGUCUUCUACUCGUUGUGGUGGAUUGGCGAGGUGUCGCUGAAGGUGAAGUACUUCUGCCGCGCUUGGCAGCAAGCUCGCGCCUUCAACGGCUUCCGGCACGGCCGCUCCAGCAUCAUGCACAUGACCCACAGUAUCUGGGUGAUGCAUGAUGAGAACCAGUUUGACAGCCAGGAGCAGGAGCACAGAAGUGUUUGUGUUACGCUAUGCACCCUCUUCCAUUGGGGAGAAUAUCUUUUUCCAGUUCUCAUUUGUGCUUGUACCUUCGUCUUUGGCCUGAUUGACCAGCGAAGCUUCCUGGCCCUCCUAGGUGGAAGCUCAAUGGUGAUGAGCUGGAUAGUCAUGACAGCUUCCAAUUAUGCUGACCGGAUCCAGCCGUUGCAGCCACCUGGGUGGCUGAAUAAUGCCUUCAACAGCCCAGACGUUCUUCAGCGAUGGGGCGAGAAGUGGUGCAGACUCAACCACAGUGCGCAGAAGCGUCAGCGCCAUCCCUUCGCAAUUACCUUGAUCAUGCUCGGCGCGGUUUUCGGAGUCUACCGACUGCGAUGGCUUUCGCUUUCUUGCCUGGCUAUACUCUUCUUCCUCUUCCUGCGCCUGCUGUUCAUGUACUUUGAAGGAAAUUUUGGCUGGGCAGCAGCCAUCUUCGAAGCAUUCUUCGAAGGCAUCUUGCUUCAGUGCCUUGUGAUUCAGACAGCAGACAGACCGCUCCUGGAUGCAGCACUGAUCUUUCUUCUGUGUGCUAUGCGGCAGUUUGGCUUUCAACGGGAAGUACGAGCCGGGGAUCGUAUUCGCGUCGUCUCGCUGAUGGCUCUUGGAGUGGUCCAUUUUGUGGUCAUUGCCAUCGUCUGUUGGGCCUUCGUGACUUCCUUCCAGCCGAACAAUUGGAGUGCGUUUUGUACGAAUAUGUCGGAGUGCAGGUACGAGCAGAUCGUUCCUCGCCCCGAAAUCCAGCAAGCUUACACGCCUCUGUGCCAGAUGGAAUUCCCCACGCCAAACGGCCGAGACUUGAAGUUUGCUGACUUCGGUUUGUUCGCUUCGCUGACCUACGAGCCUCACAGCCGUGUCCAAGCAGCGCUGCACCACUACUUCCCCGAAUGGCAUCUGGACGAUGCUCUCCGGGAAACCGAACGGCGAGACCGCCCCAACCGCAACACGGACUGGUCCCGGUUCCUCAUGUUCACUUCCGCUGACAAGGGAACGACGGUCAUUGCCGUGCGAGGGACCCUGGAUGCUGUUGACGUGCUUCAAGAUGUUUCUCUGUGGAUGAUUCCAGCAAUACUCCAGAGCAUGGGCUUGCUCGGCCCGGACAUUGGGGCAGACUGUUGGGGCAUUGCCAUGGCGAGGCAUUCCAACGAGUUUCCUUUGUGCUCCGUGAACUUGCAGUCGUCUUAUGCUUCGCUGCUACGCGUUGUGACUGACAUGCUGACGACGUUCCCGAACAGGACGUACUACCUCACUGGGCACUCACUUGGCGGCGGCGUCGCGAAGUUGGUGGACAUGGAGCUCACGUCGAGGCAUUUGCCGAAGCGUCCGACGACCAUCGCCUUCUCUGCUCCAGGCCUGCUGCUGGCAUCACAGGUGCUUUACUCCGGCCACGUCAGCGCUCUGCAAGAGCUCGGCAGUGCGCUCUCCAGCAUCACCAUCCGGCCAACUGGUGAUGUGGUGUCGGCUGUGGACAUUGAGCUCGGCAGCCGAAUCGCGGCUCCAUGCAGCGGCUUCGCGUUGCAAUGCCACAGCAUCUACAGCACCCUCUGGCACAUAUUCACUUUGUGUGGUACCGAUGCGACGUCAGUCAACGUUUCGAUACCCUGCUCCUGGCCAGACUAUGUUUUCACAAACCGAAUGCAGUGGGAAAGGACCAUCGAGAAUUACCUGAACAAGCAUCCUGACAAAUCAUGCCCUGGCUAA